AUGAGUCGGCGGGGCGCUGCUGUGCAGUCAUGCAUCCUCCUGGUAGCUUGCCUGACGUGGGUGAAAUGUGCAACAGGGAAAGGUUCACUACAGCGGGGUGACGCGGUGGGCGGCACCCCUCCCCCCUCCAGGGGCGGCGCCGGGGGGGAGGCGGUCGUCCUGUGGUGGACUCCCUUUACAGGGGUUAUGGGACAGUCGCGAAAUUGCGGGCUGGGCAAUUGCUUUUUCACAGAGGAUCGCUCGUACCUGCACAGCAAGCGCCUGAAGGCGAUCCUGUUCUACGGAAGCGAUUUCAGCGUCGAGGACCUCCCUCUCCCCCGUCAGUCGAGGCACUGGUGGGGCCUCCUGCACGAAGAGUCCCCGAAAAAUCAACCUCUCUUCGACCACCAACCGGUCUUGCAGCUUUUCAACAUUACGUCAACAUUUCGUCGAGGCUCCAACUUUCCUCUCUCACUGCAGCAUCUGAAGUCCAUCGAGGCGCUCACUUCCACGCGCGAGUUCGUUCCCACCAGCGAAAAAAACGACUUGCUCGGGAAAGAAAACUUAGCCCCCGUCGUGUACGUCCAGUCGGACUGUGACACGCCUGCCCAGAGAGACAAGUAUAUCAGUGAAUUAGCCAAGUACAUCAAGAUCGACUCGUACGGCGCGUGUCUGCACAACCGAGACCUUCCAGCCCACCUGCAGGACCCGGCGGGGACCUACGACCACGACGACUUUCGCGCUUUGGUCGCCAAAUACAAAUUCGCCAUCGCCAUCGAGAACGCCGGCUGCGACGACUACAUCACCGAGAAGCUGUGGCGGCCCUUGACUCUGGGGACCGUGCCUGUGUACUGGGGUUCGCCCAGCGUACGAGACUGGGAACCCAAUCCACGCUCGGUCAUCCUCGUGAGCGAUUUCCCGACCCCGAAGGAGCUCGCUGUGUUCCUUCACCGGCUACUGGAGAACGACACUAUGUACGAGUCCUACUUGAAGCACAAGCUAGAGCGAGAGGUGACGAAUACCUACCUUUUGGAGACGAUGGAAAAUCGCCGCUGGGGAAUCGACAACGAUUUCGAGAAGGGGAAUUUCAUCGAGCAUUUCGAGUGCCACGUGUGCGACCAGGUGCUGACGCGGCACUCGGGCGGCAGGAGCAGAGCCAGUCCCGGGGAAUUCCAGGCAGACCUGAGUCACUACGGGUGCCCAGAGCCCGAGACGGUGCUGGGGGAGGAGAAGGAAGCCAGGAACUUUUGGGUGGAGCAGUGGAACAAGGCGAGAGUGGAAGCGCAGGUGUUGCAUCGACUCAUCUCUCUUCCGCCGAAACGCUUCACUCCCGACGAGUUCUUCGACGCCGUGAUUCCCGAACUGCAAAGAGACGGUUUUUUCCAGAGGUUCCCUCCUGAGCACGAGGAGUUGUGAUCUGCGCUCAGGUUUUAAACAUAUAUUAUUGUUGAUUUUUAUCUGAAGAGUUUUUUACCAGAUUUCUUUUAUUUUUUCUAUUAGUUCGAGCAUUAUUUUUAUUACUUAUUACUAUAUUAGUUGAGAUUGUGACCUCCAGCGUCUUGAGUAUCUCAAUGGGUGUAAAACCUUGAAAUAUCCACGAUACCAAAGAUAAUGAUCGUGAAUUUUAAAAUAUGUUUUUGUAUGUCUUUGUGUGCUUUUGUUUAAUGCCUUGAAUUUGUUUUAUUUUGUAUGUGUUUUAGUCUCGACACCAGCGCUUUAUGUUGUUUGUAUUUUACGUUGUUUGUGAACUUAUGUGAUUCCUAUCCAUAAACCCAAGUAUACCACUAGGUACAAAAUAAAAGGUGCUAAAUCAG